GUCAAACCUGCGCCUCCAGAACGUGAGACAAACAUCUAUAUCUGCGAACCAACUGCCUAUAGGCGAUUGAAGAAGCAUGGGUUAUGCGACUGUGGCAUUGUACCACAGUUCUAUGGAACCAUGGAGAGGCUUGAUCUGCGGCUCUUCCAGCCUCAUCUGAAGAUGCUUCUUGAUGACAAAUAUCCUCCUAAUGCAGUUUUUCUGGAGUGUAUUCCUAAUAUGGAAAUGCUCCUUCCACAGAACUAUACGAGGAAGAGGAUGGAGAAUUUGGUGCAUGGUAUCCGAGAGAUUCACAGAGCAUUGGUCCUGCAUUGCGAUGCUAAGCCGCGAAAUAUGAUGGUUGUCAGAGAUGACCCCGAAAGGGUGGUCUGGCUUGACUUUGACAGAGCUCAAACGUAUCAUGCGGAUAAGCUUACUGAGAGACAGCGAAGGUUUCUUGAGGAUUACUACUGGGAGACAAGUAAUAUGUGGGGAGCUCUAGAGAAAAUGCAAACCCUUAACGAAAGUGAACUGUUCCAAGAUGCCAGGCAGAGCAGACCUCAGAAAGGAGGUUAUUUUGAAUCUAGGAAGGAGCUGGCCCAUGGAGAGCCAAGAUCAAUGCCGAAGGCUACAAGUCGGGUUUGUGAUUAG